UUCCUCUCCCUCUCUCUUUCUCUGACUCUCUCUUUCUCCUUCUUAGAGGCCAAAAGAACUAUUUCUUGUUUCAGAGAAAGCCAGGAGGAAGCAUGGGAAGAUUGGGCUAUGAACCACGGAUCAACCAUUUCAGCCACCCCCACCCCUUGGAGCUCGCAUCUCUGCAACAGUCGCUCACCCUGCCGACGUGCGCCGGCUGUACCUUUCGUGCCUCCGGCUGGGCUUACUCGUGCAAGGCCUGCAACUACACCCUCCACAUCUCCUGCGCCGAGACGCCGCAGCGCAUCCGCCACCCGGCGCACCCCCAACACAGCCUCACCCUCCUCGCCGUCCCCGCCUACAAAGAGGGCUCCUUCAACUGUGACGCGUGCGGCCGCGACGGCACCGGCUUCUCGUACCACUGCGAACCAUGCGGCGUCGACCUGCACAGCUUGUGCGCCUCCAUGCCGCUCUCCGUCAGCCAUGGCGCCCACGAGCACCCCCUCAGCCUCGUCUUCUCCGUUCCUUACGAGAAUAAUGGGUUCUCGUGUGACCUGUGCGGGGGGAUGGGCUCGAACCAGUGGCUCUACCGUUGCGCCAUGUGCGAGUUUGAUGCCCACAUUGGGUGUGCGACGGCGAAGAUGUUGCAGGCUCAGCCAAGCCCGCCGCCAACGCUGCCGCGGCGACACACGGUGCCACGACCGCGAACACUGCAGCAGCAGACCCCUUACUCGGUGGGAGUGGGCAUGGGGGUGAGCAACGGAGUUUGGCAAGGUGGUGUUCCGGUGGGCUACCCGCGGAUGCCGGGAAUGAACCAUGCAGGGAGAGGAAGGGGUAGCGGUGGUCUGAUAACCCAGGUGGUCCGAGGCUUCGUCACCAGCGCGGCGCAGCAGAUAGGACAGAACUUGAUGCAAAAUAUAUUCGAGGGCGGAGGCGGCGAUGGAGGUUCGGCAAUGGACGUAGGAUCUGGAGUCGAUGACUCGUUCUCUGGCUCGGAUGAGUAACCCGAAGAAGCUGUUUAUGAUCAAUCAAUCCUUUCCAAUUGUUACAGAAACGUGAGACUUCUUUCGCACCUCAUUUUCUUCUCCACUUUGAGCUCUCUUUCGUGGUCUCCUCUCGAUCCUGGAUUUACCUGUAAAAAAAGUUCUAUCAUGAAAUGUUGUUCUCGAUUUGGGUCAACGAUCCCAA